AUGAGUGAAAUUGAUGUGAGUAGAAUCGGGCUGUGGGGGAAACUCCUAAACGUUCAGGGCCAGAUUCAAGAGCACUGGUUCGGAAGCUUUCUACUCAAUCUCAUCGGAUAUGCCCUGAUCAUUGCUCCAGCUGCAUUUCUCAUCAAUAGAUGGAGAAAGGACCCUAAAGUUCAAAGAGGUGAAGGUCGUUUCUAUUCUCUCCUAAAAAUGUUUGCAAUUGGGAUCGUUGAUAACAAUGCUGCAUUGGAGAAAGCAGAGGAGGGUCAAUCAAGUCCAGCUAGAUCAAGCACAUCCUCAACGACUGGGGAAGACAAUGUUGUCCAAUACUAUGUAAAGCUCCUGUUUUGUGUGAUUGGGCUCCAAGCAUCAUAUCUUACGUGGGGAGUGAUACAGGAGAGAAUUAUGACACAGUCAUAUGACGGCCAGAAGUUUACUAAUUCUCAAUUCCUCGUCUUUGUCAAUCGAAUCCUAGCUGUUGUAAUAGCAUUUGUGUACAUCAACAUCACCACACAACCUGUGCACAGAGCUCCAUUUUACAAGUAUUCGUACGCAUCCAUUUCAAACACUCUCAGCAGCUGGUGCCAAUAUGAGGCUCUGAAAUUUGUCAGUUUUCCAACUCAAGUCCUCUCUAAAGCCUCUAAAGUGAUUCCAGUGAUGCUAAUGGGGAAAGUUGUGUCCAACCGCACAUACCCAUUAAACCAGUAUUUCACAGCUGUACUACUGUCCGUUGGAGUGAGUUUGUUUCUGCUCGCUGCGGAUCCUUCCAGCCAGGGGAAACAUAGUGUGGAGACUACUGUAGCGGGUGUGAUUAUAUUGCUCGGGUAUAUGGCUUUUGAUAGCUUCACUUCGAAUUGGCAGUCGGAAGUUUUUGAAACCUAUAAGGUGUCUUCUGUUCAGAUGAUGUUUGGAGUGAACAUGUUUUCUUGCAUUUUAACUGUUGGCUCGCUGUUAUUCCGUGGUGUGUUCUUCAGUUCUUUAUCAUUUCUUUUCGAUCAUACAGACUUUGCCUUUCAUGUGACACUCAUCUCGAUCUGCUCGGCUGUUGGGCAGCUGUUCAUCUUUCAAACAAUACAAGCAUUUGGUCCUCUUGUAUUCACACUCAUCAUGACUACCAGACAAGCUCUCAGUAUUCUCCUGUCCUGCGUUCUCUUUGGGCACGAAUUGACUCUACAAGCUCUGGCUGGUGUUUUGGUUGUGUUCAUAUCUCUGCUCCUACGGGUCUACUUCAGAACACAGAAGAAGAAAUAAAAUAAUCAUAAUUAUGUUAUGUCAUAAUUAUUGUCAGAUGACGUAAGGAACUUUCCAUAUCCUGUGCACCAGUCUGCAGACUUGGGUAUUUAAUAUUUAAGAAUCAGCCGCAACACUUUGUGUGCAUUGCUGGACUGCAGACUCCCUCUACUUCAGUAAUAACAGUAUAUAUUGCUCCAUUUGUUUAUUCCUGUGCCAUUUUCACAAUCACCUUAGCGUUGCCGUGCUG